AGAACUUUGCGCAUCAGAACUAUCGACGUCUCUUUUCGUCGGGCUGUAAAACACAGCACCCCAUCUGCCUCGUGUUGGCAAUCUCUUCGGACCUGAAAUCUCAUAUGACAUAUUACGAUCGUUCCUAGAGCUUACGCAGGCUCUGACGAGCUCAGUCUCGCCUUACCUCCCUCCCACUUCAUCCGUUUUCACCGGCUGUCCUCCCCCUUCAUCGCCGCAACGAUGUCACACCUCCAGCAACAGUUAAAGAGCUUCAGCGCCAGUGUUGUCGACUAUGCGAACCGCAUGCCGCAACAGCGGCGUUUCGUGAGCAACAACAACAACAACACUACUACCACUACCACCACCACCACCAACGCCUCCGCCAGUAGCUCCCAAGUGCCUUCGUCCACAUCCACACCCACGCCCGGCGGCGGCAGCAACGAUCCCAAGCGCAAACGCCACGAUGCGGAUAUCGUUUACUCACAGCCCGCCAACACGGGCACUGGCAAGGACAUCAUGACCCAGGUGAUCUUCGCGAUCGAGCACAUGAAGUCCAAGGGGGUUCCGCUUAAGUUCGGCGAUAUUGUAUCAUACCUUUCGCUGCAGCACCGCGCCAACGACCAGGGGUAUGUGCAAGCGCUCCGGAGCAUCUUGCAGAUGCACGAGAAGGUGCAGUAUGACCCGAGUGGAGCGGGUGGGGAGGGAACGUUUAGUUUCCGGCCGCCCCAUAAUAUUCGGACUGCGGAGCAGUUGCUUCAGAAGCUGCAGGGCCAGUCAACUGGCGUGGGCAUGAGUGUGCGAGAGCUUAGGGAGGGGUGGCCGAAUGUCGAGAAUGCGAUUAACAAGCUGGAGAAGGAAGGGAAGUUGCUUGUGACAAGGAAUAAGAAGGAUGACCAUGCGAAGAUGGUUUGGGCGAAUGAUCCCUCGCUCAUCCAGCAUUUCGACGACGAGUUCAAGCAGAUCUGGGAGAAUAUUAAAAUCCCUGACCAGCAGACUGUCAAGGAGGAGCUGGAGAAGGCCGGUAUCACUCCGACAAACAAGAACAAGGUCGUCAAGGCACGACCCAAAGUGGAACAUAAGAAAGUGAAAAAGCCCCGUCGCAGCGGCAAGACAACCAACACACAUAUGAUGGGUGUUUUGCGCGAUUAUUCGCAUCUCAAGCGAUAG